AUGAUAAAAGGUAUCUUGGGUAAUUAUGAGCCAAAGAAUUUAGUAAAAAUACCUAGUCCCGGUGAGGUGGUUUCAUUAAAAGAUGGCGAAGAAAAACAACGAGGAGAAAAAUCAGUUGAUGACUAUGGUUUUAAUGAAGUAGCAAGUGAAAAGAUUUCCUUAGAUAGACAUGCACGUGAUACCAGACCAGAAGAAUGUAAAUAUUGGAAGUAUCCAAGUGUUGAUAAAUUACCAACAGCGUCAGUUGUUCUUGUUUUUUUCGAUGAAGAUAUUAUUUUGGUUGAUGAUUAUAGUGACGAAGAACAUAUUACUGUUCGUUUACCUGAGUAUAUCAAAAAAUGGAAUGGCCUUGUGAAAUAUGUUCGAACUAAACAACGAGUCGGUCUUGUUGAAGCUCGUGCUGCUCAAGGUGAUGUUAUUGUUAUAUUAGAUGCUCAUUGUGAAUGCGUGACUAAUUGGUUCCCACCGUUAGUGACUCGAUUUGCGUUAAAUCGUAAAACAUUGGCAGUACCAAUUGCCGAUGGCAUCGAAUGGAAUACUCUACAACAUAAUUCAGCUUAUUUCGGUGGUACACGUUAUAGAGGUAUAUGGGAAUGGAGAUUUUUACAUAAAGAAACAGAAAUUCCAGAACGUGAACGUAAUAGAAUGAAAUAUCGUACAGAGCCAUAUAAAAGUCCAACUCAUGCUGGUGGUCUUCUUGCUAUUGAUAAAAAAUGUUUUUUUGAAUUAGGUGCCUACACUCCAGAUAUUAAGAUUUGGGGUGGUAUGUAUGAAAUUUUAAAAUGA